GAUGUUAGGAUAUGGUAUAUUCAAACAAACUUGCAUACCGCAUAAGCAAGUUGUGUAAAUAUACUCUUACGUACAUUUGGUUCAAUUUGGUUAUGUUUGGUUAUUCUUGGUUACUUUUCGAACGAAACGGAACGAAAGGAGCAGAGAGAAAUUAAUACGAUCUUUCUCGUAUAAUUAGACAAUUGUUCCAUUGUCUAAGUAAAAUAUUGUGCAAAAAUCGUCAGCAUUAGUGUUCGCUAAUAAUGUUGCUAUGCAAUAUAUUAUGAAGGAAAUAUUUAUUAGUAUUACAUCACUGAUAAUCUGUGUAUUAGCAUUGGAAGAGGACUUGUUGCACUAUGUCAGUGAUGAUGUACCUGGUGGUUCCUAUAAAUAUUAUAGCUUGACUUAUGAUGGUUACAUUAAAAUACGGUUGACAUCAAUAACAGGUGACGCAGAUUUGUAUGCAUCGCAAACUACAACCAAGCCAACGUAUGAACCAGAUCAUUAUUGCUUACAAUCUACAACUUGUGGAGAAGAUAUUAUUUUUAUACCUAAAAGCUUUAAACGGCCUGUGAGUAUUGGUGUUUAUGGCCAUCCAUCUCAUGAAAUCAGUAAAUAUACUCUAUUGGUAUCUGAAAUAAUGAUAGAAGAAGAUACUUUUUCUUAUGAUCAAGUAUCAAGAAGCACUUAUAAAGAUCGAUAUAAUAAAAGAGGACAUAUUUCAUUUUUUGCUAACUUGAUAUGGUAUUUCAUGGACUUCUUAGUUCAACUAUUGUUCUAAACUUAUUUAAAAUUAUGAAAU